AUGUAUACUUAUGUAUGCUUAACACAAUCAAUGUUCAAAUACCAAGCGGCGAACAUCAUUUUUAAACGUGAUGAAAAUAAUGAACACCAUGAUAAUGAUAAUGACAAUUAUGAUGAUGAUGAUUCCCAUGAUGAUGAUGCUAAUGACUCGGAUGAUGCUGAUGACUCGGAUGACUCGGAUUAUGAUGACGAUAAUCAUGAUCACUCGGAUGAUGAUGAUGAUGCUGUUGACUCGGAUGACUCGGAAGAUGAUGAUAAUGAUGAUGACUCGGAUGAUGAGGACGAGGAAGAGGAGAAGGACGACGACGACAAGGACGAGGAGAAAGCACCCUAUCACACAGGAAGCUGGAAUGAUAAGCGUGUCUCAAAAGAUCUCCUUUUGAUUGCCGGAGGACGUAAUCUAACUAUUCAAGGUGGCGUUGCAGAUAAGUUGAAUUUUUUCCGUUUUAAAUCAGCUUUGUCUGAUGAUUCUGCUGUGGAUUUAGUCUCGUAA